GUGCUAUACACAUAUCUUUUAAUCUUUAUAUGAAACUUACCCCCACAAUUGCCUAACAUGUCAGAUAAUACCCCCGACGCGGUCGAAAAGUAUGGCAUUACCAAGUCGCUAUACACCGCGUUGUGGAAGCCCAGCGAUCGCAUGUUCUGUUUGCGGUUGGAGCGCGACUUGCUCCAGUUUAUCGAAUCCAAGACCGACUCCUACAAACUCCAGGCGAUGAACUCGUACUACCGCUUACUUGCGCACCAGGUUGCAGACUACUACAAGCUCGGCCACUCCAUCUCCAGCGAUGCCCUCGCCAUUCUCGUUUUCAAACAAACGCCUUCGGACGACAAACAAGACUACGUCUGGGCCGCCAAGAAUCGUGCACGCUUGUCCAAGAUCGAAAAGCCACAGGAAGACGUGGCGAUGCCGUACGCCACGCCGGCGCACCUUGUGGGUACCCCGAAGUUGGCCCGCAAGGGUACCCCCAAAAUUGCCUCCAAGGGCUCUCUCUCGAGCCCACCUAACCCUGAGCCCACCAAAUCUACAGGGUCACUCCCUGAUCUGCCGUUGGAAAACGAGUUGGCGGCCCGUGAGGAGAGAUACCAGAAGGCCAGAGAAAGAAUCUUCCAGUCGGGGUCGGAAGAUGAAAAGGAGGAAGAGGUACACGACUCGCCGCCAGCCCCGAGGCCGGUGGUAUCUGACGUGCGGUCCAGACCACAGCAGGGGUACACAUCGCCAAUAUACUCACAGGCCCCAGCGUAUCCCCCGUUCUACCGGCCGAUACCUGGGUACGCUCAGCCGUACCCGUACUAUCCAAUGAUGCCCUAUCGGAACGAGCCGUUUAUGCCACCAGUGCAAUUCUCGCCGAGUAACUAUGCGUAUCCACCAACAGCACCUAUAGAGUCCAACCCAUAUUUGAUCAUGCCGGACCGGGUUAAGGGACACAAAACAAAUAGGAGAAAGCCGCGGGAGUAGCGAGUGCGUAGCAUGAGCUCGAGCUAAGUUAAUGUAAGGUAGAGUGGUUAGAGUAAGGUGGUUGAGGUAGAGUAGAUAAGGCUUUCGCGUCUUUAUAUAGCAAG